AUGGCAGAAUAAAAAAAGCGAUUGAAUUCUUCUAUGACGUAUGAAGAAUAUGUGAGUAUUUUUGAAAAAGAACCAAAGAAGCCUACAUUAAAGCCUAAAUUAAAUCCAGAUCUUAUAAUGGAUGAUCUAGAUCUCCUGAGUGAUGCUCCAACUACUGAUAAUCUUGAGACAUUAUUUUUAGAAACCAAGGAUAACUCUGAAUAAAUUUAGGUUCUUACCUAUAAAUAAUCCUAAAAAAGAGAAAGAACUUAUAGUGAGAACAUUUCUUACACAUUCCUUAGUUUUAUAUAGAAAAAAAUUGAAAGAAAGUAGUCAGAUUGA